UGUUGCAUCAAUCGCUGGUAGAGGUCUGCCCAAACCUUCCUACUCUCUAACGGAUCGAAAACACUUCUCUUCUCCCUCUAUAUACCUCCUUAUAUUCUCCUUGGCAUCGAUCUCCUUCAUCUCUCCAAUCAUCUUCUUUGCCCUGUAUUUAAGUAUUCUAGCUAAACAAUUAACCAUCUCUCUCUCUCUCUCCCUCUCUCCCUGUAGUUACAUAUAUAUGCUUUGCUAGCUCUUCUUUGCUUUAGCAAGAAGAAGGUACAAGAAUUGAAGUAGUGCUAUAGCUAUAGCUAGGGUUCAUAUAUUCAAGUACUAUAGAAAUAUCGUGCUUUUGGUUCUUGGGAUUGGAUUCUUUGAUUGUUCUAUUUAGAAGAUUAAAAAAAAUGUGUACUAGAGGCCAUUGGAGGCCUGCAGAAGAUGAGAAGCUUAAGGAGUUGGUUGAGAAGUAUGGUCCUCAUAAUUGGAACGCGAUCGCCGAAAAGCUUCAUGGAAGAUCAGGGAAGAGUUGUAGGUUGAGAUGGUUUAAUCAGUUGGAUCCAAGAAUCAAUAGAAGUCCUUUUACCGAAGAGGAAGAAGAAAGACUUCUUGCUUCUCACCGGAUCCAUGGGAAUAGAUGGGCAGUUAUUGCAAGGCUUUUCCCAGGUCGCACCGAUAAUGCAGUGAAGAAUCAUUGGCAUGUCAUCAUGGCAAGAAGAUAUAGAGAAAGGUCUAGGCUUCAUGCAAAAAGAACUGCUCAAGCUUUGGUAAACGAGCAAAAAUUCUCUUCAAAACAAGACAUGCAGAUAAAUUGUGAGACGAGGAGCUUUUCUUCAUUUGUCAAGAAAUAUUGUGAGAAAUUCGGCCAAUAUCCUUUGAUCACUCACAGCUACUUACCGGCCUUUUGGAAAGAGUUCUACAGUGACGAUCCAAGUAAUUGUGAAGAUCAAAAUCGGCCCAUUGAGUUCUACGAUUUUCUCCAAGUAAACACGGACUCCAAUAAAAGUGAAGUGAUAGACAAUGCAAGAAGAGAGGAUGAAGAGGUAGAUCAGCAGGAAGUCAUAUUGGAACAUCAGAGCAAGGCUGGCGUUCCAUUCAUUGAUUUUUUCUCAGCUUGAAGAUCUUCAUAGCACAGCUUGGUGGUGUGUCAAAUGAGUGACCAACAAAUGCACAGUAAUCAUACACCUAAUUAGUUACUCAGUCUUGUAUCCUACAACUGCAUUGACUCAAGAAAUAUUUAAGGGGAGAAACAUGUACGUACGUAGCAUAUGUAGGAAAUAUUUCAUAUACAUAAGAAAGCUCUAUGCAUAGAGAGACGAGGUUUUAUUGAAGUUGCUAAUCUAAAUUAAAUGUCAAGAUCAUCUACCUUUGUUGUUUA